CCCCAUCGAAUCUCUUGUAAGGUCCUUUAGUCCAAGGAGCGCGUUUUUGUUGCAGGCGGGCGAGGUGCUGCAGCUGGAGCUGGGCCUGAGGUCAAGGAAUUAAAGAGCACAUAGAAAAAGAAACAUGAACCUAAGGAAUCCGGGUAAACGCAUCUACUCUUGGUUUGGAAGAGCCAUCUCUUUUGACGGACAACUGCAGAUCUCGCAUUAUAGGGGGAUAUCUGUCAAAUCAGGAAAAAAUGCAACUGAAACCAGCAUAUUCCCUGGGGAGUUUAUUUUAAUAGAAAAGGAGAAUACAGACCAGAUCCUUGUGGCAAGACUCCUAAAAUUAUAUGAAGAUGGUACUCAGGAAAAACAUGCAGUUGUUCAGUGGUUUUCUCAUAUUGAAAAAAUACCUCUCAAUCAAUUAAUAACUUCAGGAAAAAAGAACUCUCAGGAGAUAUUUUUGAAUGAAAAUGCUGAAUGGGAUACAGACAUCCUUGUUACAGCCAUCAUUAGUAAUGUCACAGUUAUACCACUGUCACCAUGUGAAGAGCUUCCUGCUGUGCUAGAGAAUGAAGAGAUGCUCUUUGUAAGGGAAUCUUGGAAUGGCAAAAAAUUUAAACCUUUGCCACCUAGCUUAUUGGCAGAGCUGAAAGACUCUGUGAAAAUGAAGAGUAAUGCCAUGAGCUUUACAACUGAAUACCAAGUGACACCCUCACGCACUACUUGCUCGGAAGCAAAAACAGGGAGGGUGACUCGAAGCAGACAGAAUGGGAUGGAAAUAGAAUCAAAACAUUCAAACUCCAAGUCAUCUCUGUCUAAGGAAAGACAUUCCCGAAGAGUAGCUGAUGGCACUAACACCACAGCAGUGAAGAAGAAAUUAGAGCUGAAUAGUCCUACCAAAUUUCCAAAAAAUAAGUCCAAAGAACAAGAUGGUAUUGCGCUUCUAGACUUUGACUUCAUUGAGCCUCUGGAACAGUCAGCUCUUAAACGCAAAGUCACAUUCCAUGGCCUUAAAGGCUCACCUCCCAAAAUAUCCUGCCUUACUGAUGAAGAAGAUCCGUUUCACGACAUUGAGCCAUUGGAAAACAUAACUGAGAGAUCUAAUUCAUUUGUGUUAUCUUCUUCCAAGAGGAACCAAGCUUCCAGUCUGGAAACCAGAACUUCUGCUGUGAAGGACAGUGCCAGAGAUUCAGAUGAAGAACAAGAAUCAGAUGCCAGGAGUAUAGUGACAACUCGUUCUCGACGGAAAUGUUCACAAAGGACUGCUACUCGCAUUGCAAAACAGCUUAAUUUUUUAGAUUCAUCUGGGAAGGAAGGUGAAAAAGAGUACUUCCCUCUUGCUGAAAGUUCUCAUUCCAUUGGCAGUGAUGAUGAAGAUAUAAAGGUGUUUCAAAAACCCAAAAGGCAAAUAAAAUCUGCUCAAAAUAGUACAAGAAAAGAAUCUGCUGGGACUCCUGCCAAAACAAGCAAAACUUCAAGCAAAACACCUGAGCCAAGAACCCCCAAGACUCCACAUGAUGCUAUUCCCAGAAUUCGCAGCCGGAAUCAGACAAUACAAGAGCCAGCCAAUGUGUUAGAAGAGGCUAGGAUAAGGCUGCAUGUUUCUACUGUCCCAGAGUCUUUGCCGUGCCGUGAAAAGGAAUUCCAGGAUAUCUAUAACUUCAUAGAAAGCAAACUCAUUGAUGGGACGGCAGGGUGCAUGUACAUUUCUGGAGUUCCUGGAACAGGCAAAACAGCAACAGUUCAUGAAGUCAUUCAUUGUCUCCAACAAGCAGCAGAAAAUGAUGAGCUGCCAUCUUUCCAGUUCAUAGAAAUCAAUGGCAUGAAGCUGACAGAGCCCCAGCAAGCCUAUGUGCAGAUCCUAAAUUUACUGACGGACCAGAAGGCAACUGCUACUCAUGCUGCAGUGCUGCUGGAGAAGAUGUUCUGCAAACCUAGUCCCAAAAGGAAAGCCAUAGUACUGGUAGUGGAUGAGCUUGACCUCUUGUGGACCCGAAAACAAAAUGUGAUGUAUAAUCUCUUCGACUGGCCAACCCAUAAAGGUUCCAAGUUGAUUGUCUUGGCCAUUGCUAACACUAUGGAUUUGCCAGAAAGAAUCAUGAUGAACCGAAUAGCUAGCAGGCUGGGCCUUACCAGAAUGUCUUUCCAGCCGUAUACCUACAAACAGUUACAGCAGAUUGUUUCCUCCAGGAUGGUCCAUGUGAGAGCAUUUGAAGAGGAUGCUAUUCAACUAGUUUCUAGAAAGAUAGCUGCUCUGUCUGGUGAUGCAAGACGUUGCCUUGAUAUCUGCAGAAGAUCCACCGAGAUCUGUGAACUCUCUAAUCAAAAGAGUGACUGUGGAUUAGUCAGCAUGACACACAUCAUGGAAGCCAUGGAUGAAAUGUUCUCAUCACCCUAUAUAAAUACAAUUAGGAAUGCUUCCUUGCAGGAGCAAACUUUCCUGAAAGCAACUAUAGCAGAAUUUCACAGGUCAGGACUAGAAGAGGCUACAGUUCAGCAGGUAUUUCACCAGCAUGUUGCACUGUGUAGGAUUGAAGGCCUGAAAACUCCUACUGUAUCAGAAAUAAUGGCAAUUUCCUCUCGGCUUAGUGCCUGUAGACUCUUGUUGACAGAAUCGAAUAAUAAAUAUCUACAAAGGCGAAUUCGACUUAAUAUUAGCCGAGAUGAUGUCAUGUACGCGCUCAAGGAAGAAUAAAGCAAUUUUGUUGAUAACAUAAUUGGGUGGGGAGGUUAAUUUUAAUUUUUAAAGAGGUUUUAAAUGGUGCAGAUUGAAACUUGUUUAUCAUUUGUAUUUUCAAAUUCAUGCCAGUUUAGUCUCUUAUUUUGAUUUUUCAAUGUAGUUCUAUAUUUUUUUAAUUUCACUUUUAUAAAAUCUUAAUGUUAAAAUGGUCCCUGUAUUAAACUAUUUGUUCAACUGA